AACGGCAUUAGGAUAUCGUUGUUGUAUCAGUGUGAACGUUACCAUUUGGUGAAUCGAUUGUGCACAUCGUAAUACAUAAAAAUGUGGGACACAGUUCUAAUGUUUGUUUUUCUUUGCAUACUCUCUUAUUUUUUCUGGAAGAUCACGCAGAAUGAACCUAACAAAAUAAAAUUCUACUUUAAGUUUUUCGUUUUCUACUUCAUCACUUCAGUGUUCGCGUUGUUCAUCUGGCCAGUAUUUUUGUUGAGUCCAAGAAAUCCAACAAAUAUAUUAAUAGGCGUGUGGUUACCAAAGCAAGUGACGAAGCUGUACGACAUAACAUGGAACCUCCGCAAUGGGGAGAUCUUGUCAGAAGAUCGCGGAGCUGUCAUAGUAGCCAACCAUCAGUCAGCACUUGACAUAUUAGGUAUGUUCAAUAUAUGGAGUACUGUUAAAAGAAUGACAGCUAUUGCGAAGAAAGAAAUAUUCUACGUGUGGCCUUUUGGACUUGCAGCGUAUUUGGCAGGCGUUGUCUUCAUAGACAGGUCAAAUCCCAAAGACUCAUACAAAACUCUGGAGGUCACUUCUGACGUUAUGGUUAAAAAUAAGACCAAGAUUUGGCUUUUCCCCGAAGGAACCAGGAAUAAAGAUUACACAAAAUUCUUGCCUUUCAAGAAAGGAGCCUUUAUAAUGGCUGUAAAUGCCCAAGUGCCUAUCCUUCCCGUUGUGUUCUCUCCGUAUUACUUCAUCAACCGCAAAAAAUACAUCUUUAACAGAGGUCAAGUCACAAUUCAAUGCUUGGAGCCCAUCCCAACGGAAGGGCUAACACUAGACGAUGUGCCGAAACUCAUGGACACAGUACACGAAAAGAUGGCUUCAGCCUACAAAGAGUUAGCUAAAGAGGUCCUCAGUGCCUUACCUUCAGAUUACCCCUACACGACUGUAGGUACUCUUCAUUCUUUAUCAUAUAAUCAGUCUUCGCUUUCAUACAGCUUCAGUAAAAUAACUAAAAUAAUCGUAGAAUUCUGUGAUAUUAAUAUGUUCCGAAAAAUUACAAACCUAUUAUUUUUCAUAUUAUCAAAAUUUUUCUCUCUUUGUUUUAUAAUAUUAAUAAGUUGUAUAGAUUUUAUGUACAAGAAAACAAUAUAUAACAAAAAAAAUAAAAGAAUAUGUUUUUAUUAUAAUUUCUUUAUGGUAUAUGUUGGUUUAAUUGUGGGAUCAAUUUUGAUGAGCUUGAUUUUUAUUUUAAGACCUGGAUACGAAGGGAACAUAAGUAUUGCUGCCCCACUAACCAGAUAUUUCGCUAGAUUGCUGGGUGUCCCAGUUACAAUUAGAAAUAAAGAACGCUUGAGCACGGACUCUGGAGCCAUUGUCACUAUUAACCAUCAAUCUCUUUUCGAUAUAAUAGUUUCACUUGGAAUAUGGGAUAUUCCGAAAAAAAUGAUCUCGCUUGGCAAACGUGAACUGAUGUAUGUGCCCCCGUAUGGACCCAUGGCACUUUUGGCUGGACUUCAAUUUGUUCCCAGAAAUAAUAGCUUGAAAGCACGUGAACAACUUAAUAUAAUAGCACAACACUUAAAGGAUAGAAAGGUCAAAAUGGUAGUGUUUCCGGAGGGAACUAGGAAUGAUAACAGAGCUGAAUUUUUGCCAUUCAAGAAAGGUGCAUUCCACACUGCAGUCAUUGCACAAAUUCCAAUCAUUCCAAUAGUCGUGUCUCCUUAUUAUUUCUUGAACAGCAAGAAGAAAAUAUUCGGAACAGGUAGUGUAAUAAUUGAAAUUUUGGAGCCACUGUCAACGGAAGGUUUGACGCAGGCAGACGUACCGGCUCUCACUGAGAAAGUCCGCAACCUGAUGUUCAAGACAUACCAGGAACUGACAAAGGAAGUUCUUGAAGCAGAAACUGAUCAAGAAUCUAUUGAUUUAGGGUCCAUACAAAAGUUAUUGUAAACUAAAUUAUAUUAUUGUUUUAUUUA